UAGUUCUUAAUAGUGAAUGUAAUUUAAAUCUGACAUCAUUCCUAUUGACUUGAAAUUUGAACCUUAGUGUUAUUCUUGGUGAAAAUUGCCUUUGAUUUGAUAAAUUCCCUCAUGAUAUUAACUCUUUUAAAUUAACAGAUUUAUUGCCGGUUUCUGAGCGAUAUAGAACUUAAAUGAAAAAUGAAAAAUUAUUUUUCAUUAUCUUUUCAUAUUUUUGAUUAGUCAGAUACCUAACAAUUGAACAUAUAUAUACUUUUUUAGUGGAGGAGUGCUUUUUUUUAAUAAGUGGAAUUUCAGGAAAUAAUGUUUAACGGAAUUUGAAAGUUACAAAAUCUUGAAGUAUCAUUUAAAGUUUUUCUUUCAGUGGUUUUCCCUUUAAAAUUUGCAGUGAGUUUUUUUUGUAUUUACUCGUGAGAAAUUAGAUCUUAUUAAUUGGAAGAAACUAUAUUUAAUGUCGGAGAAAUAAAUAAGCCCUUCUAUUUGUUGCAGCUUAUUGUUUCUUAAAAUGAAUUAUCUAAACAGCCAAAAAGUUAAAAAUAAAAAAUUCUUGGUGAUUAAAUUUUUCCUGUUUUGCCUUUCUGUGUAAGAAUGUCCUUGCGUUGUAAACAUCACACCAGUCUUUGGUCCAGUGCUUUUCAGUGUAUGGAGCUGGGCAGCAGCCUAUCCCAUUUGGAGGGCAGGUUACAGACCUUGUACGUUAAUGUCAUGCUCAAAGCAGAUUUGCAAGGAUCCUACAACAGAUGCUUUGAAGUUAUGUUAUCCUUUCAUGUUACUACCCUGAUGGGAUGAUAAAAACAGCAGGAAAAAAAAAACACCAGAUGAUCUUCCAUGGUCACACACUCAUGGAAUUCCAUGGAGCUCACUGAAGACAUGAUGCCAUUAUUAUCUCAGGAACUGAAAUGGCCAAACAAAUCCAGAAAGAAAUCCAGCGAGGUGUGGAGUCAUGGAUUUCCCUUGGGAACAGAAGACCUCACCUCAGUAUCAUUUUAGUGGGUGAUAACCCAGCAAGUCACACUUAUGUCAGAAGGAAGAUCAGAGCCGCCUCUGCUGUAGGUAUCUGUAGUGAGAUCAUUCUAAAACCUAAGGAUGUUUCUCAGGAAGAACUUUUGGAUAUAACUGAUCAGUUGAACAUGGACCCGAGAGUCAGUGGUAUAUUAGUUCAGUUGCCACUGCCAGACCAUGUGGAUGAGCGAACGGUAUGCAAUGGCAUUGCCCCUGAAAAAGAUGUUGAUGGGUUUCAUAUUAUCAAUAUUGGAAGACUGUGCCUUGACCAGCAUUCUCUCAUGCCCGCCACUGCCAGUGCUGUCUGGGAAAUAAUCAAACGAGCAGGAAUUGAAACAUUUGGGAAAAAUGUGGUUGUGGCUGGAAGAUCGAAGAAUGUAGGGAUGCCCAUUGCCAUGCUUUUACACACUGAUGGAGAACACGAACGGCCAGGAGGUGAUGCAACUGUGACAAUAGCUCACAGAUAUACCCCCAAAGAACAAUUGAAGAUCCAUACACAGCUGGCAGAUGUUAUCAUAGUAGCUGCAGGUAUUCCAAAGUUGAUUACAUCUGAUAUGGUUAAAGAAGGUGCUGCUGUAAUUGACGUGGGUAUCAACUAUAUCCACGACCCAGUGACAGGAAAGACAAAAUUAGUUGGAGAUGUGGACUUUGAAGCCGUUAAGAGGAAGGCUGGUUUUAUCACUCCAGUUCCAGGAGGCGUCGGACCCGUGACCGUGGCAAUGCUUCUGAAGAACACCCUUCUGGCAGCUAAAAAAAUCCUUUACUAGAUCACGUGAGAGAACAAAGCAAACUGAAGUCAUGCUAUUUAUUUAUUUUGGCAAAGGGCAAAAACCUUUAUAUUUUACUAGAAAGCUAUUUAUUUCUACAUUGUAUUUAUUUUUUCAUGGAUGGAAUCAUUGUGGAUCAGAUGAUUCACACAACUUUAUGCAUUUCCUGCUAACAGUUUUUCAGUUUUAGGAAAAAAAUCAAAACAAUUCCAGUGAAAACUUUGGUAACAAUUAUUUUGUGGAUGAUAUUUGUUCAUAAAUGUUAAAACAAUAAAGGGCUCAUAAUAAAUGAAUAUAUUUUUGAACCAAUUAAACAUCACGUACAGUAUGUUUUCAACAAAUGUUUUGUCAGCCAAAUGAGCACCCAUGUAAAAUGUAAUUUAGGUUUUGCUACGAGCAUGCUCAAUUUUUAUAUAUUUUAUGUUCUAUAUCAUAUGCUAAAAAAGAGCUUACUUGCUAAAAGAAAGAUAAAAUAUUAAAAAUAAAAUCUUGACCUCAUAUAUUUCCCAAAUGCAUCCUACGGGCCAUCCUGAUGAGAAAUGAUGCUCUAUUCAAGGAAAGAAAAACAUACAGGGGAGACAAAACCUGCAGUGCCACUUGGAAAUGGUGACAUCAAAUUCUGGCUGACUGCUUGCUACAGUAAAAACGUAAUAAGAAUAUGUUAGGCUUACAUGUAAUUUCUGUGUUCUUCUAGAAAAAUAUUUGAACAAUACCUUCCUUGAGGAAUAAUAGAAAAUCCAAACACAAGCAAAACAAACUAAGGUUGUGUUUUCCUACAAAUAUCAGAAAAAUAUGAUAUAGUAUGAGCAAGUACUUCAUUAAAGAACACAUGUUGGGGCUGACCCCAUGGUGUAGUGGUUAAGUGUGGCACACUUUACAUUGGUGGCUCAGGUUCCUGGGUUCAGAUCCUGGGCAUGGACCUGUACCACUCGCCAGCCAUGCUGUGGUGGCAACCUACAUAUAAAGCGAAGGAAGAUUGGCACAGAUGUUAGCUCAGGGCAGAUCUUCCUCAAACAAAAAAAUAAAGAAAGGGAAGAUUGGUAACAGAUGGUAGCUCAGGGCUAAUCUUCCUCAGCAAAAAAAAGAAAAGAGAAAGAACAGAUGUUAUGUUUGUUCACAAAUUCAGAAAUCUAAUAGAAAAAUAUGACACAAUGUGCCAAAGCUAAACCUUAGGGUAUGACUAAAAAUCCACUGCUUUGUUGCCCACAGUUCUCUCUUCUGUUAUGGCAUUGGGUUCCCAAAGUAGAUGCCCUGUUUCUCACACAAGUUAAAUCAGGAAAUACAUGUGAGUGCCAGUUGAAGGCUAUUUUGAGACUACCCUAGGCACAUAAUUGUAUUGUUUUCAUGCCCAAAUCCCAGUGUGUUUAUUACCAGUAAUGAUUCUCACCCAAUGCAUGUCUGUAUCAGUGUGUACUCUUGAUAAUUUGUGUGAAAAUAGACUACUGUUUAUAAUUAAUAAUAUUUCAACUGCAUAAUAAAAGCAAUUUGAAGAA